CCAGACUAUACCGUUGCAUAUCUCGCCCAUGUGCUAACGUCGUGAAACGUCGAUGCUUGUAAUCUAGUAACCUGAAUUGAUUUCGUCUUGCUUGAUUUAAGAAAUGGCUGAAAAUGUCAGAGUUUGUGACAUCGACCCAGAACUCAAGGAACAACUGCGACAGUUCAGGUUCCGCAAGGAUCAAAACAAUGCAGCUUUGAUCAUGAAGGUUGACAAAGACCACCACACUAUAUGUGUGGAUGAAGUCUUGGAGCAUGUUGGUGUGGAUGAAUUGAGGGAAGCCCUACCAGAGAGGCAGCCAAGAUACAUCGUUUACAGUUAUCGACUUGAGCAUGAUGAUGGACGGAUAUCAUUCCCCAUGGUUUUCAUAUUCUCCACCCCGCGUGAUUGCAAGCCUGAGCUACAGAUGAUGUAUGCUGGGACAAAGCUGGCUUUGGUAAAGGAAGCAGAGUUGACAAAAGUCUUUGAGAUACGGGAGCUGGAAGAGCUUACAGAGGACUGGCUACAGGAGAAGCUGAAAAGAUAAACUUGAUGAGCUUCCAGUCAUACCUGCCACCAACUGUUAUCGCACAAGACCAUGGCAUCCUACCAAAGUUCAUUGCAACUUAAAAAGACUGGAUUUUUUAUAUCAUAGUUAGGAUUUAUUGCAUGCUAUUGCUUAUUUUAUGUGUCUGAGUACUGAUGCAUUCCUUUAAUUUUAAUCAUAAUGCAAUGCUCUUCUCCCUGUAGUGCAUUGGUAUACAGCCAAAAGUGAAAGGAAAAAACUUGGCUAUGUCAUAGUGCUACUGGUAAAUUUGGAAUUAUUUGCAUAGCCAAAGAAAAUGAGAAUUCCCUGAAGGAAAACCUCAAUCCUGCUAUUUAAAAAAUAAGCAUUAUUUGCUUCAGGACUUUAUAGGAAUCAUAAGGUGGAAUGGUGAUGAAAAUGGCAGAAUACUUUUUUUGAGGAAUGAGGAAAGUUCUGUGCAUGUGAUUUUUUUUUAAAUCAGGGUUUCCUGCAGAUGUUGAAGCAGGCAAGGUUGAAUGAAGCAAAAAACUUGUAGGGAGACACGAAAUGGGAGGGGGCAAGUGCUGUCAAUCCUUUAUG